AUGGUGCCGAAAAUUCUCGCCGGUAUCAAACGAAAGGACUUCCUGCGAAGUCAAGCUUUCAUUGACGAUGUUUGGGUCGACGCUGUGUCGGGAAAGACAUUAGACAUGAUCGAUCCAGCAACGCUGGAGAAACUGGCUACAUUUCCCGAAAUGGGUACUGCCGACCGUACAAGCAAACAACAGCACGUCAACGGGAGAGCUGAGGUAGCCUAUGGUGCGUCCUUCCUGGAAUGGUCUGCCGGUGAGGCCGAAUGGACGCACGGCGAGACCAUCCCUUCAGCGAACUUGGCACAAAGAAUCGUCAACAUUAAACAGCCUAUCGGCGUGGCGACUUGUCUUGUACCCUGGAAUCUGCCGAUCGCCAUGAUCAUCCGAAAGGUCGGAGCCGCAUUAGCAGCUGGUUGUACAACAGCGUGGAAGCCGGCGGGGAGACACCAUUAUCGUCACUGGCAUUUGGCGAAUCUCGCCAAAGAAGCGGGUUUCCCCCGGGAAGUUUCAACGUCAUCACCACUCUCCAUCGCGUGGCCGAGGAUCUUGGUCCAAGCUGGGAUCCACGACAAGUUUGUAUCCGUGUUGAUUGAGAAGGUGAAAGCCCUCAAGGUUGGCCCUGGUACUGGAGAAGGUGCAGACAUCGGGGCUCUCACGCACGAGCGAGCGGUUGAGAAGGCAAUGAAACAUAUUGUGAGCGCCGUCGAGCAAGGCGGUAAGUCGCUCAGGGGGGAGGCCCAAGUGAUACCCAGGGUGGCUACUUUGUCCAGCCCACCGUCAUCAAAAAAUAUGGCUCGCAUUACCAGCACCUGGAAAGAGGAAUCUUUCGCCCCGAUUCUGGGUGUAUACAAGUUCGAAACUGAAGAGGAAGGAAUUUCCCUGGCCAACGACUGCGAUGUUGGCCUUGAUAGCUUCAUCUGA